GAUCAAUGCAGGACAGAGGUAAACAUACAAGGUAUGGCUCUCAAGCGAUCGGUCUUUAAAAGGUGGUCGGUGGCGGCUCCACAUCUCUGCGAUGUGAAAUGUGGACAAGAGACCACGUGUCAGAGCUAUAACUACAAUAGAAAAUAUAAGAUAUGUGAACUAAAUAACCGCACCAAGGAGGCAAGACCGGAAAAUUUCCUCUCAGCACCUGCAUGGUUUUACAUCCGGCGACUGAACGGCAGAGGUAAGUAGGCAGAGAUAAGAGUACGAUGUAUCUUCCUCAUUCGGACUCUUAUCAGCAAUACUCUCUAUCCUUGACCAACCCCGUCUCUUCUUGGAUUAUCAUUGCCCAUCUUUUGCUUCUUUCUCUUGUUGUGUACUCUGCUUCAAAUUGAAGGUAGAUUUGCACCUGACAAAAAAGGUUCUCAUUUGAAGGAUAUCGUCGUGUUUUUACUAUUAUAUUGUUAGAAUUACGAUAAUGAAUGUCAUUACCCUUGCAAUCGUCAACCUUCUCUGUUUAGUUCUUUCUCUUGAUACUUUUCUCAUUCCUGCCAUGUGAAUUUUUUCAUUUACUUUGUUGUUGUUUCUGAGAGACAUAACGGAAAAAAACUAUUCCGCCUAAAACAUAUAACAAAACAAACAACCAUACUUUCAUUGCAGCUCCCUUGGGUUCUAUCCCUGAUUUACCAGCGUUGUCUUGUCGCGAAAUAAAGGCGAGUGAAGGAAAAGACACUAUCAGCGGCAAGUACUGGCUGGAUCCAACCGGCAGUGGAAAGGCAGUAUUCGUAUACUGUGACAUGAUCAACGAGGGUAAGCGGCAGUCUGUGAACAAGUAGCUUAAAGCGUUUUGUCGUAGUUUUGGUUUCUUCUUUUUCAUUUGAUUUGGGCCAGUUUCAAUUUCUUUUGUUUCUCUUCGGUUUGAAUCACUGUUUCUCCCCUGCAUUUUAGAUAUGGAUGAAUGCAAAGGAGACAACCAUGACUGCGACCCGAAUGCGAACUGUGCUAACUCUUAUGGUUCCUUUAAGUGUACAUGUAUGGAAGGCUACACUGGUGAUGGGCACUCAUGUGCGGGUAAACUUUCCUUUAUUAAUCAAUGCUUUUCUUUAAUUGUUUUAAGUUACUUUUUUUAAAACGGGAAGUCAUGGGGAAGGAAAGCUAUACCAAGAUAUUAUUCUUUAUUUCGUGUCAAGCAGCAACUUUUGAUAACAUCUGUUGCCCUAGGAACCGGAGCUUUUGCAGAUUUUUAUUUGGACCAAAAUAGAUAUUAAAAAUCACUUGUAUUCAUAGAUAUCGAUGAGUGCAACAAUCACAGCCAUGUUUGUGAUGUGAAUGCGAACUGUAUCAACAUUAAUGGUUCCCACAACUGCACCUGUAAGGAAGGAUACAUCGGAGAUGGACAGUCGUCAUGCAAAGGUACAUUAGACUAG